CACCCUAGUACCGGAAGUGUGAAGCCGGCAGGCAUGGCGGCUCCCUGCUUCUUCAGCCGGCUCUGGAGAGCGGCUUUGGCGCUCUUGGCUCUAGGCAGCUUGGCCGCUAGUCAGAUCGAGGAUCAAGCAAAACAGUUCUUCAGAAGUGGCCAUACAAAUAACUGGGCUGUUUUGGUGUGCACGUCCCGAUUCUGGUUUAAUUACCGACAUGUUGCGAAUACUCUCUCUGUUUAUAGAAGUGUCAAGAGGUUAGGUAUUCCUGACAGCCACAUUGUCCUGAUGCUUGCUGAUGAUAUGGCGUGCAAUGCUAGAAAUCCCAAGCCGGCCACAGUGUUCAGCCAUAAGAACAUGGAGCUCAAUGUCUAUGGAGAUGAUGUGGAGGUGGAUUACAGGAGCUAUGAGGUAACCGUGGAGAACUUUUUACGGGUGUUAACUGGAAGGAUCCCGCCUAGCACUCCUCGAUCAAAGCGUCUUCUUUCUGAUGACAGAAGCAAUAUUCUUAUUUAUAUGACAGGUCAUGGGGGAAAUGGUUUCUUGAAAUUCCAAGAUUCUGAAGAAAUUACCAACAUAGAACUUGCAGAUGCUUUUGAACAGAUGUGGCAGAAAAGACGCUACAACGAGCUGUUGUUUAUUAUUGAUACUUGCCAAGGUGCAUCCAUGUAUGAGCGAUUUUAUUCUCCUAACAUCAUGGCUCUAGCCAGUAGCCAAGUUGGAGAAGAUUCACUCUCACAUCAACCAGAUCCUGCCAUCGGAGUCCAUCUUAUGGAUAGGUAUACAUUUUAUGUCUUGGAAUUUUUGGAAGAAAUUAAUCCAGCUAGCCAAACCAAUAUGAAUGACCUUUUUCAAGUGUGUCCCAAAAGCCUCUGUGUGUCUACCCCUGGACAUCGCACUGAUCUUUUUCAGAGAGAUCCUAAACAUGUGCUGAUAACUGACUUCUUUGGAAGUGUACGGAAAGUGGAAAUUACAACAGAGACUCUUAGUUUGCAACGGGAUUCACAAAUCACGGAGAGCAGUUAUAAGGAAGACAGGAUGGACGAGGAACUGAUGGAACCUCUGAAGUAUGCUGAGCAGCUUCCUGUGGCCCAGAUAAUACACCAGGCACUGUUGGCUGAGGUGUGGACGCUUCCUUCAGCUCCAUGUGGCAUGCUUGGCAGUAGGUCCUGGCCUGCCACGUUCACAGAAACCGAAGCUGAAGGAUUGGCACCCCCCUGGGGGCUUCAUUCUAGGCCUGUGGGCCCUUAUCAUCAUGGUUUUCUUCAAGACCUAUGGAAUCAAGCACAUGAAGUUCAUUUUUUAGACUCAAGGGUACGUGAAGGACGAGUGGAAGAUUGCAGCCUUGGAUGAAGACAUGCCUUCUGUUUUAGAAUAUGUUGCUAUUGUAAAUUAGACAAAAAAUAGGAAAACUGAAUUUUAAUUAUAAUGGUUUUAUAAUUUAAAGAAAAAUAGGUGUUAAUGUGCAAUUGUUAGUCGACACUGAAUGUUUCUGUGUGUGUGUGUGUGUAUGUGUGUGUGUGUGUGUGUGUGAGAGAGAGAGAGAGAGAGAGAGAGAGAAGUGGGAGCAAUGACAUCAGAAUAUACUGAUUGAUUCAUUUUACCCUCUUUUCAUCUGUAAAAGUAAAAACAGUGAAGGUGUUGAUUCUCACUAAAAGAGGUAACUUCUAUUAACAGUUUUGUAUAUGUUCUUCUGGUCUUUUUAUAUAUGUACAAAUUCUCCCCCAAAGUACAGAUCAUAUAGAACGUAUCACUUAAUAACCUGUCAUUUUGUUUUACAACAUAUUAUCAACCUCUGCUUCCUCUUGGCUCUUCUUUAAGAAUGCAUUGUCAACUGGGCAUGGACGCACGUCCCUCUUGUUUGGGCUGCUCAGGAAGCUGAGUUCAACAGAGCCAUAGGGCUUCAAGGCCAGCCUGGGUAACAAGAUAAAAUAAGAAAAAGACACUGUGUGGCUGUACAGUACGCAUUGUAUGAGUGUGUGGUAUUCAUGUGACAGUCUUCUGUUGGACCACUUACCUUGUUUCCAGAGUUUCCCUUUGGUUCAUUCUUCAGUUUUUUUCCCUUGUCAGUCACUCCUGGAAUUCUGUAGCUUUAAUUGCAAAUAAAGAUGAAAAAUCAGU